AUGGCAAACUUCCUUACCGAGCUCUGGGAGAGCAUCUUCUCGCCGGGGGCUAGUCCUCAGCUCAUCAUCGCCACGCAUGUUUCUUUUGCGUGCUUGACCGUGUGUUUGGGAUGGCUCAUCUACCUCACAAAGAACGUUCAUUUCAUGGCUUUGCUGGUUAUCUCGACACUGCUGUGGAUAACAGUUACGUGGUUCGUGAGUGAGCUGCAAAAUGCCCGUCUCGCCAGCAAUCAGGACUUAAACACUGCGGAAGCGACUGAAGCGGCGCCUGAAAAGGUCCCCGGAGUGGGACCUAAAGCAGUCGCUGAGAAAGAGACUGAAAAUGCCAAGACCUCAGGAACUCAGCCAACUAGCAGUGGAAAAACCGCUGCCAGAUCCAGAAAAGUUUGA